CGUGGUGAUGAAGAAGAACAGUUUCUACAGAGACCACCAAUAUCUUUUCUUUCCAUCCCUUCCCAAAACAAAACCAUUGAUACAUAACCCAAUAUGAAAAAAUUAAGAGAGAGAGAGAGAGAGAGUUGGGAAGCUUUAGUAUCGUUUGCUAACAGGUUUUGGGGGUGUUAGGAUAAUAAAAGUUGAAAUCUUGAUAGACAAUAUCAUGUGUGUGUGUUAGAGUGUGCAAAUUGUGUCCCAAAGAAGGUGUUUUGGGAACUCUCGUGGGACGUGAUGGAGCCAAUCUGUUUCUAUGUCACGUCCAUGUACUUUAUGGCUGGGUAUGCGUUCUUCCUCAGGACGUCGAAAGAGCCUUCUUUUGAAGGGUUUUACCAAAGCAGGUUCGAGGCUAAACAGAGGAAAUUGAUGAGUCUUGAUGAGUUUGAUGUUGAGAGGUAUCAAGAACUGAAGAAGCUGUUUUGCCCUAAGGCUUCAGAUCGUGUUUCCAAGAUUCUUGGAACUGUCGGGAGUUAAAUUUUGAUUUUUUUUAGAUUCAAUGUUGUUGUCACAAAUGGUGUCUGAUUUUUCCUAACUUGAAGAAACCUACCAAGAAAAGGGAGAACAAAAAAGAUAAAGGUAGAUGAAGUUCUCAAGUUUUCAGUUUUCCAAAAAAAAAAAUGUUUGCGGCUUUUGUAACGUCAGGGAUGAGUCAUGUUUCAAUGUUUUCAUUAUGAUCAAUCUUAUGUGUAAACAUCUUGUAAAUAAGUGUUCUUAAUGUAUACUAAAAAAAUGUAUUCCUA